ACCUAAUGGAGUUCGGAAUGACGAUGGACUGGUCAAGCCAUCCAUAUUGUGCAGAUCUCAGGGAAGGAGUCUUCAAACGCUGGUGGAGUCGGCGGGAUAGAACGCUGGGCACUAUAUCUGCGGAACCCGCAAACACUCCGUUAAACGUUUGCUGCAGGAACAGCAGUUCACAAAGCGCGUGUGAAGGAGAUGAGAUGAACGAGGGGUUUCGAGGAUUCCAACUACAUGGUCCAGCGGUCCACAGACGUCCGGAUCAGGAAUCGCAUCACCCAACGAAGGAUUCAUUGCAAGGAUUUUUGAAACACAUACGGUGGCAUUCAGCAUCACAAUAUCCGCAAAUGCAAGAGGAUCUGCGGGCUGGCAUCUCGGAGUUAAAAGACAUUGAUAUCGGUCGGGCCCACGUUGAGGGAAGAUGAUGUCUUUCGUCUGCUUUGGUGUAUCCACAUUUCUAGUUGCUCGUUGGGGACUUUGGUAAGUCCACAGGGAUUGUGCUUAUGGCUAUGAAGCUUAAUGCAUUUUAUUCUUGCUGGAAAUUUACCCUGUGGCCAUUAACGAUACUAUGGAGUGUUUUAGCACUGGCUGAGCUGGAUCCAGUUGUCAUCAAGGGAAGUCGAUUCUUCUACAAGACCAAUGGUGACGAGUUCUUCAUUCGAGGAGUGGCCUACCUAUAUCCAAACCAGACCCAACCCCCGACGGAUCUCCUUGCCGACGAAAAAGGCUGCGCGCGCGACAUUCCACUUCUCAAGGCCCUCAACGCUAAUUUGAUAUCUGUGGGGUAUCUGGAUCCAAAUCGUGACCAUAGCGGCUGCAUGAGCGCCCUUGCAGAUGCCGGUAUCUAUGUCUUAGCAAGUCUGCAUAGCGACUAUCUGGCGAGCAACGAGUCCUCUACUCCCACAUGGACUUCCGAACUUCAGGACCUGUAUACUGGUGUUGUUGACUCCAUCGCCCAGUAUACGAAUACAUUCGGCUUUAUUCUCACUGAAACUGUGUAUGAUAAUCCUGGCGACUGGCCCUACCGCAAAGCCUCCAUUCGCGAUACCAGAGAUCACAUUGUUUCUAAGAAUUACCGAGAUAUCCCCAUAGGGAUCACCCUGGCGCCUGUCAGCGAAGUAUACACUGAGGAUGAGUUCCUCUCGGAAGUCGACUUCAUGACAUGUGAUAUGUCGGCUGCAGAUUUUCUAGGUCUCCUGCUUAUGCGCCAGUUCGAGAACACUUGCCAAACGGACGACAACUCUUUUGAUUUCUUAGCAAUGCCGCGAAAGAUAAAUGCCAGGACCCAAAUACCUGCUUUCAUCUCGCAAUAUGGAUGUCAUACUGAUCGGUUUAAUGAGAAGUUGGAUCAGCGUAACUAUUCUAUUGUUCAUCCCAUAUACUCUGAUACUGCGGUUGAAGUGCUCAAUGGAGGGAUAGCGUUUGAGUACUUCCAGCGAGAGAAUCCAGAUUAUGGUUUAGUCUCUCUCGUCUCCCCACAAAGAGUUACUGCUGUUCCUGGUUACUCCGCUCUUUCAUCUGUGAUGGCAACAGUGAAUCCCAAGUCCACAAACGCAGCCUUGUAUACACCUACUACUCGAACGCCGAGCUGCCCUACAAUUGUAGGAACGGCAACGCUCGCACCUACUUUACCGCCGACGCCAUCUCGCAAAGUAUGUGAUUGUAUGAUGGAUACCUUGCAAUGCAUCGCAACAACUGACACACAGCACUUUGUAAACAAUCCAACAAUCAUGAAUUCAGAGGUUGGGAAUUCUUUCGGCCUCUCAUUUGAUGCAAACGUCAGCACUAUCUGCGAGGGCAAAAUGGAUCAGAUAUGUACGGGAAUCUACACAGAUGUCGAGCGCGGACAGUAUGGGGCAUUCAGCAUCUGCGAUAAUUCGGAAAUAUACUCCUGGGCAGCGAACCGAUACUUCAAACGUCAUGGUGCAUCCGAGCAAAGUUGCAACAUUAAUGGCACGGUACAAAUGCGCACUCCUCCUACGAAGAACGAUGCCCAGUGCAAAUUCCUCCUCGGCCAACUUGACGAAAAUGGAAAAGGGACAAUUACGUUCUCGACCUUGGCUCCUACUUCGACUUCACCAACAUCUUCAUCAUCUCCAAAAUCAGGCCAACCACCGAACGGAAACUCCCCAUCCAGCAACAACGCCUCGGGCUCAUCUCUCUCCAGCGCUGCGAAGAUCAGUAUCGCAACAUCCAUUACCGUACUCGUUAUCCUCAUCCUCACCUUGGUGUCCUUCCUCAUCCGUCGGCGACGCAAGAAAUCCAUGCAACCAUCGCCCUCGAAAAGAGAUUUCUCUGAUUCAGAACUAAGUCAGUACGAGAGGAAGGAACUGGACGGGAAAGCUGUAAGCGAGGUGGAAGGUCCACUCCCCAUAAUUGCAGAACUGCCGGCAUUUGAGAAACCAGUGGCAGAAUUGGACGCGAAUUUCCUACCAGGAGAGGUCAGGGGUGAUAGUGUUAAGCUAAGGAUACCGGCGGAAUUGCACGGGGAUAAGGCGGCUUGA